AUGACUACCAUUCCAAACUUACCCGAGUCGGUGUCACAUUCUGCACUGCACGAAAAAGCUGUAAAACCAGACCAAAGUAGUCUAAGGGACAUCCCGAUCGAUGGAGCACGGCCGCUUCGAGUGAUAGUGAUCGGGGCUGGCUUCUCCGGGAUCAAUUGCGGAAUCCGAAUCCCUCAACGACUACGUCAUGUUAACCUUACCGUCUAUGAGAAAAAUGCGGAUGUCGGGGGCACUUGUGUUCCGCUCGAAGGCAAGACCAUUGGGGUUAUUGACGCAGGAAGUAGUGCGAUGCAAAUUAUUCCACAGCUACAAGCAUUGCCAUCAGCUCAACUAAAAGGCUUUAUCCGAAGCAAGACCUGUAUCUUGCCGCCUUUCGGUGCCCAAUCUAUGGAAAAGCUCGGCAUGGACGAAGUGAACAUCCCGCAGGAGCAACAAGACCGGUUUGAAAGACAUCAAGAGGAAUACCAUGCGUUCCGGAAGAGAAUCGAACAAGACGGCAAUGGGGUCCAUUCCAUUACGCACAAGUCAUCGGGAGCGCAGAACCAUUUGCGACGCCCAUGCCAGCUCACAAUGACUGAUGCUCUUGCUGGACGACCUGACAUUGCAGAGGCUGUUAUACCACGAUUUGCAGUGGGCUGCAGAAGGCUGACUCCCGGUAUUGGUUUUCUAGAAGCUCUGAACAUGCCUAAUGUGGAGUUCGUCGGCACUCAUAUCGCCAAGGUGGUCCCGUCGGGAAUCGUUCUCGAAGACCAGAGGAAUAUUCAGCUGGAUGUUUUGGUGUGCGCUACUGGGUUCAAUGCAGCGCACGCGCCCCCUUUCCCGGUCAAAGGAUCCCAAGGAAGAGAUAUGGCCGACAGCUUUAAGCCUUAUCCCAAGUCAUAUCUCAGCAUGACUAUGCAUGGCUUCCCGAACUACUUCAUGAUACUGGGUCCGAAUUCAUUGAUAGGAACAGGUAGUCUCAGUAUGAGGUUGGAAUCCCAAACGGACUACAUCGUUAAAUGCAUUCGAAAGAUGCAACGCGACAAUAUCGCCUCGAUGGACGUGAAAGCCGACAGAGUCGAACAAUUCUCACAGUACAUCGACAAGUACUUCAAGCAGACAGUGUGUCUCGACGGGUGCACGAGCUGGUAUCUUAACGAAGCUGGUAAAGGUUCUCGCGUCAUUGGGCUCUGGCCUGGCAGUUGUCUCCAUGCGAUGGAAGCUUAUCGAGCGCCACGGUGGGAAGACUUUGACUUUGUACACAGCAAAGACGAGGACGGACGUGUAUUCAAAGAGCUUAGUUGGCUUGGUAAUAGUUAUACGCAUGCUCAGCGCUUCGGAGACGGGGACCUAGCCUGGUAUUUAGAGACAGAGUUUUUGGAUGUACCAUCCGAGCCGUUGCCUGAGAAAAAGAAGGCCAACACUUUAAGAACCUUUUGCUAUUAG